GACCCUGCACAAACAUUUACUCUCAGGGAUCUCUCCAGAGCGACUUGCAAAGAAACAACCUUUUUUUUUUUGGGACAGUUUUUCUCUUGUGAACCAUGGUGUCAGCGGGAAUGCAGAUCUUGGGCAUCGCCCUCGCCAUCAUCGGCUGGAUCGGGGCCAUCAUCACCUGCGCUCUGCCCCAGUGGAAGGUCACGGCCUUCAUAGGCCAGAACAUCGUCACGGCUCAGACCACGUGGAAGGGCAUCUGGAUGGAGUGCGUGGUGCAGAGCACGGGCCAGAUGCAGUGCAAGGUGUACGACUCCAUGCUGGCUCUGGACUCGGACCUGCAGGCGGCCCGCGCCCUCACCAUCAUCUCCAUCCUCACCGGCAUCUUUGCCCUCCUCCUGGCCAUUGCGGGCGGCAAGUGCACCAACUGCAUCGAGGACGAGAACUCCAAAGCCAAGGUCUGCAUCGCAGCCGGCGCCAUCUUCAUCAUUUCUGGUGUCCUGUGUCUGAUCCCCGUUUGCUGGACGGCAAACACCAUCGUAAGGGAGUUCUACAACCCGAUGUUGAGCUCCUCAAUGAAAAUGGAGUUGGGAGCGUCGCUCUUCAUCGGCUGGGGGGCAUCUGCCCUCCUGAUCCUGGGAGGCGGGCUCCUCUGUGCCAGCUGCCCUCCCAAAGAUGACGGCCCUGUCAAGUACUCCGCUCCUCGCUCGUCUGCCCCAAAGGACUACGUCUGAGAGACUCUGCGCUUCACUUCUGAAGCCACAUUUAGAAAUGGUUUUCCACAGUGACUGUUGUUGUGUUCAGGAUGUAGUCCGACGCUUUCCUGCUGAGCUCCAGCGCUCCGUUUCAUCCUGAGGACGAGACACGCCCAAAGAACUGUAGCUGCAGCACAAAAUGUGUGAGAAGCGGGAAAGAAAAUGACGACGUAUGUUCGGGAACAGCUUUUAUUGUGUUACGUUCAUCCAUAGUAUUGCUAUUUUUUAUAUACUUUGCAUUUCAUUUUAUUCAUUUCCAUUAUUUGUACUCAUUUAAAUUUUGCAUUUCCAAGUGUCUGUAUGGAAAGACUCUUUUUGAUCCUGUAAAUAAAUGUCUUUUUUAUUGAUACUGAGA